ACCAUAGCGGAAAAUACAAGACCUUAAAAAUGGAUAUGAUACUUAUGCAGAAUCAUUUCACAAUGAUGAAUUAUAUCUUGAAAAAGCAUUGGAGUAUUAUGAAAAAUCAGAGGAAUUGAAAAAUGCAUUGGAAACUGUGAAGCAAUUACUUCAACAACAUCUUGAUGACUUAGAAAAACAGAAUAUGUCUCAAAAUGAUCCUGAUAAUCCAGUAGGUGUACAAAAUAUUCAAGCUGGUGAUACGAUGCAAGAUUUUAAGGAUCUUGGUGACAAACAGGAAAUCGAUAUAUCCGAAAUGAUUUCAAAAUUGAAUGCGGAUCAAAGAAGAGUAUUUAAUAGAGUCACUAAUACCAUAACGUCAGGUAAAUCACUACUACGAUUGUACGUUAAUGGAGGAGGAACUGGCAAAAGUUUUUUAAUUAAAACAAUCAAAUGUUGGUUAAAACAAAACCUCAAGAAAGAUACUGCCGUAGCAGCACCUACUGGUAUAGCAGCGUUUAAUAUAGACGGUUUGACAGUUCACAGAUUAUUGCAAUUACCCGUUGAGCAUGGCCAUACUCCUAAGUAUAAGCAAUUAGCUAAUCAUGUUUUGAAAGUUUUACGAGCAGAUCUUAAAGAUGUUAGUCUUAUUAUAAUUGAUGAAGUGUCAAUGAUAACUAAUUUAAUUCUUAUGUAUAUACACUUACGACUAUCUGAAAUAUACGAUACUACUGAUUGUGAUGAUGGUUGGUUCGGUCAAAAGCACAUUCUUUUAUUUGGAAAUCUGCUUCAGUUACCUCCUGUAUAUGAAGAUUCUGUCUUUAUACAAUUAAUAGCUGAGAACAUUCGUAAAUAUCUUGGUUCUUUAAGUGCUACUAAUCUAUGGACUUUGUUUGAUUAUGAUGAACUGACAAUCAAUAUGCAAAAAGUAACAAAGGUAUUGUCAAAUAUUGAUGAUGAUGAUACUAGAACAGCUGGACUUUCAAAACCAAUUACAAUUAAAAUUGGAGCGAAAGUUAUGAUAAGACAUAAUAUUUAUGCCAGUUUGGGCCUUGUAAAUGGUACAAUUGCUACAGUUAUGCAGGAUAAAACUAUAAAAAAGAUAAAAGUUUUUUUACCGUCUGGAUUAGAGUAUUUUAUUGAAAGAGUAAAUGUUAAGUUUCCAUUGAUGGAUAGAGUUUACGUUAUUAGAAAACAAUUUCUAUUAUGUUUGAGUUAUGGUAUUACCAUUCAUAAAAGUCAAGGUUUGAGUUUACAAAAUGCUGUUAUGGAUCUAGGUAAUAAUGUAUUUAGUUGCGGUCAGGCUUAUGUUGCAUUAUUUCGAGUAACAUCUCUUGAUGGACUGCAUUUAAUUAAUUUUGAUCCUUCAUCCGUGUUUGCUAGUGAAAAAACUAUUAUAGAAUAUAAUCGAUUGAAACGAAUACAUAAUUUAGAAUCAGGAAUGAUCACUAUUUCAAAGCAGCGUUAUUGUAGAGUUAAAGAUGUUUCGUGGAGAUUGUCGAAAAUAAUUACCUCCGUUCAAGAAUCGGGUCAAAAAGCUCCAUUAAAAAGUACUGCUUGGAUUAUACGUGGUUUUCAAAAUACAGACAAGGUUUCAUGCUAUGCGAAUCCAGUAUUGCAAUGUUUAUUGACUUUAUGUUUCCAGAAAGCUAUUAUUAAAUUACGAUAAACCUGAUGUUUUAAAUUUGUUUGCAUAUCGAUGUGAACAUGGAAUGAAUAAUUUGAAUACCUAUGAAAUACGGCAAUCUUUAGGAGAAUAUUUUUCGGUUGCUAUUAAACGAGAUGCAUUAGAAUUUCUUACAGUUCUUUGUACAAAAUACGAUUAUAUAAAAAAUAU